AUGGCUGACUUAAAACUUCCGAUAAUAAACCUCGCUAAAGCAGCGGAUCUAAGCCAACGUCAAGAAGUGGCUAAAACCUUAUGUGAUGCAGCAGCAAAUAUUGGAUUUUUCUAUGUUGAAAAUGUGAAAGGUUAUAAGGAAGAUGAACUUGCAAGAUGGUGUCAAUGGAUUUUUGACCAACCGAAAUCAGUAACUUCAAAAUUGUGCCGAAAGAUUUGGAAUCCCGAAAACGAUAAUGUGUAUCGCGGAUUUUUCCCAACCGUUGAAAAUGAUUCUUCAUUUAAAGAAGCUUUUGAAAUUGGUUAUGAAUCCAGAAUUCCGCUAAAUAACGAAAAUAAUCCUUGGUUUAACGAAGGGAAUGUCUGGCCUCUCUGUGAGGGAUCUGACGAGUUUAAGAUAUUCGCAACAGCUCACUUCGACCUAAUGGUCGAGGUUUGUCUGGAACUUUGUCGUUUAUUUUGUCUGGGUAGUGGUUUGGAAGAAAAUUCUUUGGAAUAUGCUUUUGUGCCAGGAGCUGUGUCUACGUUAAGGUUUCUACAUUACCCCAUACGACAUGGACCUGUACCGGAAGUGGCUUUUGAAGGUGAAACGGCUGUGUGUACAUGCGGAUACUAG